AGCUCGAACGUGCACUGCACAAUACGAUAAGUCCAAAUGGAGUUAGAUAACAUUAAGUUGCGACAUUUGGAACCGUAUUAUAAUAUAAAGGUAUCGCUUACUUUGACAAAAUAUAUCGGAACUUGGCCGCCGGUAUUGGAACCUUAUCGAAGUAUUUAUUUACUAUAUACCUGUAUUAGUUUUAUUUUCAUUUUGGGAAUUUAUUUAACAGUACAAACUGUUAACUUGUUUGUGAUUUGGGGUAAUAUUGAACUUAUGAUAGCUACAGCAUUUUUAUUAAUGACUAACAGUAUUCAUGCAUAUAAGGUAUUCGUAAUAUUGGGAAAUCAAAAACGAAUUCAAGUACUUUUAGAUAAACUUUCUACGACAAAUUAUUAUCAUAACGAUGAUAAAUAUGAACGUGUGUUUACUUACUAUGCAUGGCUAGGAUUGUAUCAUCAUAUAGCAUAUCAAAGUUUUGGUACAGUUGCUGUUCUAUGUUGGGGCUUGACUCCGCUAGCUGAUGCAGUUGCAGGCAACACAAGGCGUCUUCCUAUGGAAGCAUGGUAUCCUUACAAUACAAAAAAAAGUCCAGCAUUUGAGAUAACUUCUGGUCAUCAAGCUGUUGCAGUUAUUAUUGCAUGUUUUCACAAUAUUGGUAUGGAUACUUUGGUAACUGGACUGAUAAACGCUGCAUGUUGCCAAUUAGAAAUAAUAAAACAAAAUCUUAAAAAUGUUGAUUUGGAUUUUGAACAUAAUUCAAUUGAUAAAUGUGAUUAUGAAGAUUUUAUGAAUAAAGAAAUCAAUAAAAUCAUUAAACAUAGCAAUGAAAUUUACAAUUUUAUAAAGGAGAUUGAAGAUAUUUUUGGAUUGAUUAUUUUAUUUCAACUGACUGUUAAUUGUCUAAUUAUUUGUAUUACCGCAUUCCAUAUAACAAAAAUGACUGUUUUUAUACCAACGGAAUUUUUCGGCAUGAUGGUAUAUUUAUGUUGUAUGACGUAUCAGAUUUUUAUUUAUUGCUAUCAUGGUAAUGAACUUGCAAUACAGAGUGCAAGUAUCGGUUCUGCUGCGUUCGCUAGUAAUUGGUGGAAAUUUCAUAAAAAUUAUAAUCGGUCAUUAGGGUUAUUAAUUACACGAUUUAAUAGAUCAAUUGUUUUUACUGCUGGUCCAUUAAUGAGAUUGUCUUUACAAUUAUUUAUGAGCAUUCUUCGAAUGUCUUAUUCAUUUUUUACAUUAUUACAAAGUUCGACUAAAUAGUAAAAAUAAUUACUACUAAUUAUCAUCAAGCAAUGCAAGUAGUACAAGAACUGAAAAAUAAUUUUUGGUUGCCAGUAUACCUGUAGUCGUUGCACUGAUCAGUCGAUAGUUUUGUGAUAAAUUAUUUCUCAAGUGAAUUAAAUUAUUAACCAUGGGACGUGAUUCUAGAAAGGUUUCAAGAGAACUUCGGAGUUCUGAAAAAAUUAAUAAGUCGCGUUCAGUCAAAAGAAAGAAUGUUUUUAAUCCGAAAACAGCCGAACGUGAUGAAAGUAUUCAGAGUACAUCUUCUAAAAAAUUAAAACAAAACACUGAAGAUGAUGUACCUGAAGACAGCAGUACUGAAUUUCGAAUAAUAAAUUUUAUUCAGGUAUUCACUGCAAUUUCUGCUCUUAUAAAAUGUAAAAAAUGUGAUGGAAAUGUAGUGUUUCAAACAGCAAGUACACGUGGGCUGGGAUUCAAAAUUGUAGUUGCAUGUAAUAACUGUGGAAAUGAAUAUAUUCCUUCCUGUUCUUUCGUUGGGCAUUCUUAUGAAAUAAACAGACGUUUCAUUUUUGUAAUGAGAAUACUAGGAAUAGGAUACGAAGGAUUGUGCAAGUUUUGCGGCCUGAUGGACAUGCCGUCUUUUUUAGAUAAAUCUACGCAUACAAUUUUACUGAAACAGAUUUUGAAUUGUAGUAAAGCCGUCGCAGAAACCUUCAUGACGAAAGCUGUGAAUGAAGAAAAGCAAGCAAUGCCAACAACUGAAAAUGAAGAUAUAAAUCAUCUAACUGUAUCGGGAGAUGGAACCUGGCAAAAACGGGGAUAUACAUCGUCAUUUGGAGUUUCUUCUAUAAUUGGCUAUUUUACUGGAAAGAUUCUUGACAUAAACAUUAAAAGUGCAUAUUGUAAGCUAUGUGAGUAUUGGAAAAAAAAAACAAAUACUGUUGAGUUCGAGGAAUGGUAUCAAUCGCAUGAAGAUGUGUGUUCUGCUAAUCAUCAAGGGUCUUCUGGGAAAAUGGAGGUGGAUGCGAUGGUCGAAAUGUUUUCGUAUUCUGAAACUAAAUAUGGAGUUAAGUAUGCCAACUAUAUUGGUGAUGGUGACUCCAAGACCUAUUCAGGAAUUAUAAAAUCAGAUCCUUACGAAAAUACAACUGUAAAUAAAAAGGAAUGUAUAGGGCAUGUCCAAAAGCGGAUGGGGAGUCGAUUACGUACGCUGAAGAGUAAACAAAAAGGUCUUGGUGGUCGAGGUAAGCUCACAGGAAAAUUAAUAGACAAACUAACUGUGUACUAUGGUUUAGCAAUACGCCGGCAUUGUGAUUCUAUUGAAAAUAUGAAAUCUGCUAUAAUGGCAACCUUUUAUCACUACGGCUCGAGUGAUGAAAAACCGAAUCAUGAUAUGUGUCCAAAAGGCGAAGAAUCUUGGUGCUCUUACCAGCGCGCUGAAGCAAGAGGAGAGCUUGAUACCUUUUCUCACGAUUAUUCUCCUUUACCUUCUGAUGUUUUAAAAGCUAUCAAGCCUAUAUACGAAGAUCUUAGUAAUGAAAAUUUACUUUCAAGAUGUGUAGGUGGAUUCAAUCAGAAUAAUAAUGAAAGCUUUAACCAACUAGUAUGGAAAAUAUGCCCAAAAACGGUAAAUACUAGUUUUACUAUCGUACAAAUAGCUGCAUACGUUGCUAUGUGUAUAUUUAAUGAGGGUAUAAAUUCAUUAUUAGUCUUGAUGAAUACACUAGGACUUAAUUGUGGGCCUAAUUCUCAUCGGUAUGCAGAAAGAAUGGAUGCUGCACGUAUCAAAGUAGCAGAUAAGCGCGCUAAUGAUAACACCCGAGAAGGUCGAUUGCAACGUAGGCACCAGCAAAUCGAUAUUUUGGAAGCUGCUAUGUCGGCUGAAGAGCUAUUAUAUGGUCCAGGAAUAGAUGACUCAGUAUGAAUCUCCAAGGACUUAUGAUGAUCACCGCAAAGGACUUCGGGAGGAACGGGCUCUACAAAAACAGCGAUAACUUUUUGAAUUAUUAAUUUUUUUUUUUGAAAUUUUCGUGAAGUCAAAUCGAAACGUGUUCUAAUAAAGCUAUGUUUUUAUUUUUGUCAAAUAAAGUAAUUAACUACAAAAAAAAAAUUAUUGAAAAUCAUCAUUUUUUCAUACCCCUGAG